AUGAAUCCACGCAACUUUGCUUUUGCGACCCCGGCCUCACUGCCGUUGCGAGGCGUGAGUGUUCGCCCCUCCAUCUGCCCGCGUAUGCCGCGCAUGACAGCCGCCACCGCCACCCAUACACUCAAUGGGAAGACCCUUCCAGGUCCCGUGCAGCCCGCCGGCCAGAACAUCUUGGUCAAGGUCGCCGAAGCCCAGGCCACUACCACAGGCGGCCUUAUUCUCUCGAGCACAGCCAAGGAAAAGCCUACAUACGGCGAGGCCGUCGAGGUCGGCCCCGGUAGACACUUUGGCAACGGCGUCAAGAUUCCCAUGGCCGUCAACAAGGGUGACUUCGUUCUGUACGGAAAGUAUGGAGGCACAGACGUUGACUACGACGGUGAGAAGCAUACCGUUGUCACGCAAGACGACAUUUUGUGCAAGUUGAGCGGUGGCGAGUACAAGCCGUCGGCCGUCGUUCCGAUUUUUGACCGCAUGCUCAUCAAGGUUGAUCAAGCUAAGGAGGAGACGGGCGGCGGUAUCAUUAUGGCCAGGAACACCGCGGAGAAGGCUACCUCCGGCACGGUUGUCGCUCUUGGCGAAGGAAGAUUCAUGGAGAAUGGGGAGACAGAGCCGGCGGCGUUCGCAGUUGGCGAAAUUGUCCUGUAUGGCAAGUACGCCGGCACUGAGGUCGAGUUCGAUGGGGAAACCUAUAUGCUUGUUCGCACCGCAGAUAUUUUCGCAAAGUACUAGAGCCGUGCACUGGCAAAGGCCUUUGCCGUAUAAAUAUCUGUCCGCUCACUGACUUUGAUAUUGUCCUUGUCUGAAACGUCUCGACUCGCAUACACGAAAUCUUAAGAGUAAGAAAGUUCUUUGCUGUUCUUCCUAUGUUGCCGCUAGGAUCACGUAGUCUUGCGAUCUGUUAAUGAAGGUGAAUACUAUUCAACGAACUCUACAUCACGUAAAGGAGCACCGCGCUCAGUCGCAUUCGGAGUUUGUUAG